UGCAGAUCAAAGACAGAGAUUUUUCAAUAAUGGCACCUUGCUUAUGGAUUGUCGGUCCCCUUGAAGUCUGCUUGAUGCCUUUCUGUUAGUUGUCAGCUCAAACUGUAGUGUUGAUUAAAGGGUUUACUUAAGAGGUUGAUUGUUUAAUACUGGAAACUUAUUUUAAGCUGCCAGUAGUCUGUUUUUAUGCUGGGCAGUUUUUUUUGUUAAUGCUGAGUUUUAAUUAAUACCUUUUAAUAUUUUGCUUUUUAUUGUUUUUACUUUAUAAGCUGCCGGAAGCAGGUUCCUGAGAAAUGGCUUAAUUUUAAAAACAACAGAUAAAUAAGUGAGUGGAUAAGGGAUGAAUGGAAGGAAAAUCAGCACAUACCAACAUUCUUUCUACAAGCACAACUGGAACAAAAUAGAAAGGGUUUUAAAAAAAAAAGUGACAAGUACCAGAAAACAGGUACUGUCCAAGGUACCUGGGAACAGAUGGAAUAUUCAGUUAUCUCAUUCCUGCCUCCCUGAGAUACUCCAAAUCUCACCGUCAAUGUUACUCUCUCGAUAACUGGCAGAAUACCUUUGAGAAUAAAGAUCAAUUUAGCCAUCGUGACUAGGAGCCGUUGGAAAGUCUCUCUCCCCGCUAAGCCACCCUCCCAAUCGCUCUUUUAAGACUAGUAGGGACCCCCUCACCACCCGUGAGGAGGCGGCGGUGGAGCAUGGCCUCGUUUCUGGUUUCCCCAGUGUAAAUGGCUGGGGAGGGCAGGGUAGGCCGGGUUUCUGCGCCAGGCAAGACAAAGCAGGCUCACGUCGCGCCGGGUUGGUUUUGCUGCUAGCCAACAGUCGUGUGAAUACACAACUGCUGUGUGGUACGUGCGUACCUGCCUGCAGCAAUUGGUAUCCCGGCGGUUUAGUUACGCACGCGCGCAAUUCAGCGCCCGGGAACUGCGUGUUUACCGCUCGGCUUCCACGCUGCGGGUCGGCUCAUGGCCCUGGGGAGCGCGGGGGUUGGUGAUGAGGCGAGUGGGCCCAGCCCGCUGCGCUCCGUGGGGCAGCGUGGGGAGGAGGGCUUGUGCCUGCGCGCCUUGCAAAGCAGCGAGACCGCCUGGCAGGCGAGCAGGGCUGCUGCGCACAGUGGCGGCGCCGGCUCGUGCGUGAGGGCGCGCGCGCGGCGCGGGGGUCUGCAGCGCCAGGGAUCUCCCGCCCUUUCGUCUCCAGGUGGGAGGCCGCCGCCGCCGCCGCCGCCGCAGUAAGCCGGCCCGAGCAGCUCCCGCACGUCGGCGAUGACUUCUGCCUCGGCCGGGGCCCGCCGCUGGAGCGCUCCGCAGCCCGGACAGGGGAUGCUGCUUGCCCACCACCGCGAGCCACGAGCGGCGUUCGCUGCCUCCGCCGGCCGGCCAAACGCCACUGCCGCGACGGCCGCCGCUUGGCUCCACCCACCAUGGAUAUCUUUUGCUGCAAACUUCUGAUGUGAGGUGCUCAGUUCCAACCUCCUGCUGAGAUAGCCAAGUAUUUUCCUUGAGGAUGAACCUGACAGGUCGGGCUGAGGCGAAAUGGACAGACCAGCCCAAUUCCUCAUCCCAGUUGCCACCACGCUCCUGGAGCAGCAAUGACACCUUUUCUUUCCAGGGAGAUCUCCAGGAGAUUAUUCACACGGCCACCCUGGUCACUUGUACCUUCUUCCUGGCUGUCAUCUUCUGCUUGGGUUCCUAUGGCAAUCUCAUUGUCUUCUUGUCCUUCUUUGAUCCGGCCUUCCGGAAGUUCAGGACCAACUUUGAUUUCAUGAUCCUCAGUUUGUCCUUCUGUGACCUCUUCAUCUGUGGAGUGACUGCCCCCAUGUUCACUUUUGCCCUCUUCUUGGACUCUGCAGCUGGCAUCCCUGAUGCGUUCUGUUUCACCUUCCACCUCACCAGCUCCGGUUUCAUCAUCAUGUCUCUCAAGACAGUGGCUGUUAUCGCCCUUCACCGACUGCGCAUGGUCUUAGGGAAGCAGCCCAACCGGACGGCAUCUUUCCCUUGCACUCUCCUGCUCACCUUGCUGUUAUGGGCCACCAGCUUCACUCUUGCCACGCUGGCGACCAUGAGGACCCAUAAAUCCCGCCUGUGCCUUCCCAUCUCCAGCCUAGUCAGUGGAGAGGGAAAGAUCAUCUCUUACUUGUAUGUGACUGACUUUAUUUGCUGUGUGACAGUAGUUUCUGUCUCCUACAUCAUGAUUGCCCAGGCCUUGAGGAAAAAUGCUCAAGUUAGGAAAUGCCCUCCCGUCAUCACAGUGGAUGCCUCUAGGCCUCAGCCUUUCAUGGGACCACUGGUAACAGGGUGUGCUGACGGGGUACAGUGUACUAUGCCAGCUCUGUAUAGAAACCAAAACUACAAUAAGCUGCAGCAUAUCCAAACUCAUGGGUACAUGAAGAACCUCACCCAUCUAUCUGCGCCGGCAGCCAGCCGAUUCCAGCUGGUGUCUACAGUUAACUUGUCUACAGCCAAGGACUCCAAAGCCAUAGUGACUUGUGUGGUGAUUGUCCUUUCAGUCUUAAUUUGCUGUCUGCCUUUAGGCAUUUCAUUGGUGCAGGAUGUCUUGUCCAGGAACAGUGGCUUUAUUCUUUACCAGUUUGAGCUGUGUGGAUUUACCCUCAUUUUUUUCAAAUCUGGAUUAAACCCUUUUAUAUAUUCGCGGAACAGUGCCGGGUUGAGGAGGAGGGUGCUUUGGUGCCUCCAGUUCUUAGCCCUAAUAUUUUUUUGCUGCAAGCGGAAAACUAGGCUCCGAGCUGUUGGCAAAGGGAGCCUGGAAGCAAACAGAAACAAGUCAUCCCAUCAUGAGACCAACUCGGCCUACAUGCUGUCUCCAAAGCCCCAGAAAAAGUUUGUGGAUCAGGCGUGUGGCCCUAGUCAUUCCAAGGAAAGCAUGCUGAGUCCUAAAACUUCUGGGGGCCGCAAGCAUUAUGGAGGCCAGAGUAACUCCACUCCCAUGAACACCCGCAUUGAACCGUAUUAUAGCAUCUACAACAGCUGCCCUUCUCAGGAAGCGAGCACUCCCAAUAGUCUGCAGCCAGCCAAUUCUCCGUUUGGCUUUGCCAAAUCUUAUGUCGCCAUGCACUACCACACAACUAAUGAUGUGGUGCGAGAUUUUGACAGCACUUCUGCUAAGCAGAUUCCAAUCCCUUCUGUGUAGCUGAUGGCUAGGUGUUGCCCCAGUGGCACAAGUUAUGUCCAAAAUAUGGUAUCGUGCCACUCUGUCACACACUGCAGUACAUCCCCAUCAUCUUUGGGAUGGUUUUGUUUCUCAUCUACUUGGAGUGGUUUUGUCUGUAUUCCUCUGAACAGGCAGCAGCAAAACAAGGGAGGCAGGCUGGAACACAAGUCUAACAACAUCUACCAUAGCCAGGCUUCCAAGUGUUCCUCUUCCUGCCCGGCAUGUAACUUGUGGUACCUUUGCCACACAUUGGCCCCUUGUUUUCUACCACUUCUUUGGGUGUCUGUUUCCGCUUUUUAAUGGUUUCUUAUUACUAACCUACAAGUUUAUUAUAUCACCAAAGUAUUAUUUUUGAACUCCAGGAUACAAUAUUAAAUCUGCUUUUUUGUCAUAAUUGGCUGCCAACUACAAAACACCAGUUUAUCCAUGAGUACUCAAUGGUUUUAAAACUGAACUAGGUAUUAGCUCAUUGUUUCUAUAGUAUUUUCUUGAAAGUGCACAGUUUUUGCAUUAAGAAAGAAGGCUGCCUUUUAAAGGUUGCUACUCUGAAUUGUGUAUAUUAUCAGUCCAAUGCAUAACUUUUUUUAAUGAGCUGUAGAUCGGUUUCAGAUUGUGUUUAUAUUAAAGCAUAUGUGAUAGCAAAGAAACAAACCAGAAGUGCUGCUAAGACCACAGUUUGUUUAAAAGGUUGUUUUGCUAUGUAUUGAAAGAAUUUCAAAUGACAGUAAGGAAAAAUAGG